AUGUUCUAUAUUUCUGAUUGCGCGCCGGGGAUUGAGGGGGAAAGGGCACGCAAGGCGCCGCAGCGUAUCUCCAUAAUGAGCGCAUCAUGGGCCGUCGGCCUGAUCAUUGGCGGACCUGUUGGAAGUGCUUUUUCGGAGCGGGUUACCUGGCGAUGGGCGUUCCUAUUGAACUUACCCUGUGUUGGAGCAACUCUGAUCCUUGCAUGCAUUUGCGUCCCGAAGGGGGAGGUUUUGCCAGACGACGAAGCACCCCUUCGGUGUCGGUGGAAUCAAUUCGUACUGGCUCAGAUUCUGCUGAACAUGGCCGUGCCUGUCUUGCUAGCCCUCGGUCUAACAUUCUCUGGCAGUGUCUGGCAUUGGGACUCACAUCCCACGCUGGCUAUUUGGAUAGCCUCCGGAGUCGUUUCACUACUCUGGGUGUUAUAUCUGUGGGCGAAGAUCGAUUGGGCUGGUCUCGUCCGCAGUGGCUGGCCCAAUCUGCGCAUCUGGUCGCUGUGGGUUUGCUCGGCCUGCGCCGGAGCUUCUUAUGCAGUCGCACUUUAUUACUUUCCACUCUACUUCGCCUUUGCCAAAGGCGCAGAUGCACUGCAACAGACCCUUUGGGUUCUACCGUUCGUCCUGACUUUCAUCACUUCUGUUGCUAUUACUGGUCAGCUACUGCCCGUCUUUGCGGCGCAUAAGGUCAUUCUGGUUAUAUUCGCUGUGGGUGGCGCAAUAGUCACCACGGCUGGCGGGACAUUGGCAGCAAUACUCAAUCGGGAGACGCCGACCGCGCACCUUGUUGGCUUUCAGAUUUUAAUGGGUUCCGGCGUUGGCCUUCAGUUCCAACACGGCAUCGGUAUCUGCAAUGCGAUGAAGAGGUCCGCAAACAAGCUUGCCCGGCUUGAUAGUAUCUUCAUGUGUAAUCUUGCCCAAAUGGGGGGCAUUGCCAUCACUCUGGCGGCCGCGGGAAGUAUCUUCCAGAACGUGGGUUACCGGCUUCUGGCGCGGAGCUUACGCACAGCAUUAACAGAAGAGCAAAUUCGGGCGUUACUUGCCGGCAAUUCCCUCAAGUCGCAGGAUCCAGCUCUGCUGCAAGCAGCUGCGGAUAUUGUGUCCAAGGUGAUAGCCAAGGAAUUUUACGUAGUGGCUGGGGCUGGUGGGUUGUGUUUCCUGAGCGGCCUACUAUUUUUGAUAAGCAUGAGGCGCGAGGACAUUAAUUUUAAGCAGCCACUUCAGGUUGCCGAGACUAGUGAGAACAGUACCUAA